CUUCUGUCAUAGGGCAGACAAGUGACAGCCACCUUCCCUGGAAGGUAGAACUGGAUUGUUUGUGUGAUGCAUGACAGAGGUUCUCACCAGACGCAAUCUUUAUUUUUGUCGACUCUGACGUCAAGAAAAUGCACGUUUCAUUCUCCAAUCUUUAUUUACAACCUCAGUAUCUUGAGGUUGUGGUUAUUGAAUGCGCAGUGAAAGGAAUGCCGCCUAAUGGAUUGAUUUAGUGCGUUUCCAUAACAAAAGCGAGGAGCAUGAUGCGCUAUGCUGCCAGAGCUCUGAACCAAACCAGGACAGUAUUUGAGAAGCUCCGAAUAAAUUCAGGGACUAUAAAGAAGAACCUUGUAUUUGAAUUUUUUCCCCAUUAUGUUUCAGGGUUGCUAAUGACAAAACAUUGGGACACCUUUGAACAUGACAAGCCUGCAUCAGGGCUGCAGGUUGUGACUGCCUUUCACCACUGAGGGAGGGCACUAUCUGUGGUUGUCUUGGCGAUGAUGGCAGACAUACUAGAGCUGCGGACAGACGGGAACUCUCUCCUGGAGGCGGUGUGGCUCCGACGCCUGCGGCUCACCAGGCUCCUGCUGGAUGGGGGUGCCUACAUCAAUGAGAGCAACGAGCGAGGAGAGACACCGCUCAUGGUGGCCUGCAUGUCCAAACACAGCGACCCGCAGAGUGUCAGUAAGGCAAAGCUGGUUAAGUACCUACUGGAUAACAAGGCUGAUCCCAACAUCCAGGAUAAAGCAGGCCGGACAGCCCUGAUGCACGCCUGCAGUCAGAGGGCGGGAUAUGAGGUGGUGUCCCACCUGUUGACCAAUGGGGCAGACCCAAGUCUGGAAGACAGGAGCGGGGCCUCUGCUCUGGUCUAUGCCGUUAACGCAGACGAUAAGGAGACCCUAAAGGGUCUCCUAGCCGCAUGUAAAGCCAAGGGCAAAGAGGUCAUCAUUAUCACCACAGACAAGUCACCCUCUGGCACAAAAACCACCAAGCAGUACCUGAAUGCCCCCCCUUCCCCAGAGCUAGAGGAUAAGGCCUCCCCUGCAUUCUGCACCACUCCCUCUGACAUUGAGCUCAACACCUCCUCCUCACCUAACUCAGCCGAGCAGCACAACACUAUCUUCAGUUUCCAGACAAAGUUGAAAACAUCAUCCAGCACAGCAGCAAAGCUUCCCAAUGGGCCGACUUCUCCCACACGGCGACCAGCCAACCCCAAGCGUGCUCGUUUACCCCAGCUGAAGCGUCUGCAGUCAGAGCCCUGGGGGCUGAUCGCUCCCUCCGUCCUCGCUCCAGCUGCGGCCCACGAGGAGAGUAAGAGAACCACCUCUGAUGAGGACGUUGUCACAGGCAUCAAUGGACUUUCUCUGUCAAAGAGAACGACUCUGUCUCGACAAAACAGUGUGGAUGGCAAGGAUGUGUUGUUUCCACAAAUUUCGUCCUCAUUAUCUGUCCCUCCAACUUCCAAAUCGGCAUAUGAGAGGAGUCUGUGUCAGCAGCACCAGCCCCUAGCCCGGCGUAGCACCGUCCCUGCAGAGCAGGACAGUAGCAGUAACAGUGGGCCAGACAGUUUGAGAGACACGGUCUACAGGAGAUGGCUGGGCACUGACCACUAUGACUCAGACUCCCAGCUGUACUCAGACUGUGGCAUGCUGGACUCUCCUAAGGUUCCUCUAGAAAGGAAGAAACUCAACGGGUCUCCAUUAGCCAUGCUGACCAACUCCAGGGAGUCCCUAGACAUCAACAACAGCACGUCAUCUCCCAGCACAGCACGACGGUGCGCACCAGGCCUCCUGGAGAGGCGAGGCUCAGGGACUCUACUGCUGGACUACAUUUCCCAUACCCGUCCUGGCCAUCUACCCCCCCUGAACUUCAACCCCAACCCUCCUAUACCUGACAUUGGAACCAGCAGCAAGCCCUCGUCCCCUCUUGCCUCAGGUUUCAGAUCAAUAGCUCCAGUAGCAGCAAACUCACCAAAUAGAGGCCAGCUCAAGUCAAAUAAGAAACUUGUAAGGAGGCACUCUAUGCAAGUGGAGCAAAUGAAACAACUCUCUGCUUUUGAGGAGAUGUAGUGGGACUCAUUGUUUGUAGAUGUAGCAAUGUUCACCACAUAAUUAAAAAAAAAACUUUUCUAAAGGAAAUGUCCUGAUUUUGUAGACACUUUUUUAUUUCAACCUUUCCUCUUAGAAAACCAGUGUAACAAGAAUAUAACUUGCUUAUACAGUUGUAAAUGUUAUGAAUGCUCUUAGAAUAUCAGCACCACCUAUUCAACAUUACAGGUUAGACACUAGCAACAUCAAGAUAACAACUGAUGGCUGAGAGAUUCAAAAGCAUCACAUUUCUAGACAUUUAAAAAUCACAAAAACUAUUUGAAUGUAACCAUAUGAAUAAUAAUUAUUUGUUGGCCAAUCAAGUCCUUUAGAUGUGCAAUCUUAAGAACACAUACAGUAGGAGGUACAUGUGUAGCCAACAAGCCAGCUGGUUGUGUAGAAUUAUGUUAUUAAUUCAAAAUGCAGAUGGGCUUACCAGAAAUACAAAAAAAAAAUGGUUAUGUUUUGUAUGUUGUAGCUCUAGUAUGAAAGGGAGUUUGAUUGUUUUGUAGCAAACUUGUAUACAGUGCCUUCAAGACAAAUUAUUAAAAGGUGGAUCAAAAAGUUAUUUAUAAGUCCCAAUGCAACCAAAAGGUGUUUUGUUUUAGUGCCGUUGGUUUCCUGCCCAAUAUGAAAGGCUCAGAAAACAUACAAAUCCUAUUACUUAUAUGCCUUAAGUACAAUUAAAGAAAUUAUGGAAAUCAGCACUUCAUUAUCGUAAAUUCUAAAUUGCCCAAGAGAAAAAUAAAUGUUUUUUCUACCAAAUGUUUUGUAUAUAUAGCAGAGCAUGUAUUUUCAUACAUCAGUUCCAUGACAAAACAACAUAAACUCAGCAAAAAAAGAAAUGUCCUCUCACUGUCAACUGCGUUUACUUUCAGCAAACUUAACAUGUGUAAAUAUUUGUAUGAACAUAACAAGAUUCAACAACUGAGACAUAAACUGAACAAGUUCCACAGACAUGUGACUAACAUAAAUGGAAUAAUGUGUCCCUGAACAAAGGGGGGGUCAAAAUCAAAAGUAACAGUCAGUAUCUGGUGUGGCCACCAGCUGCAUUAAGUACUGCAGUGCAUCUCCUCCUCAUGGACUACACCAGAUUUGCCAGUUCUUGCUGUGAGAUGUUACCCCACUCUUUCACCAAGGCACCUGCAAGUUCACAGACAUUUCUGGGGGGAAUGGCCCUGGCCCUCACCGUCCGAUCCAACAGGUGCCAGAUGUGCUCAAUGGGAUUGAGAUCUGUGCUCUUCGCUGGCCAUGGCAGAACACUGACAUUCUUGUCUUGCAGGAAAUCACACACAGAACGAGCAGUAUGGCUGGUGGCAUUGUCAUGCUGGAGGGUCAUGUCAGGAUGAGCCUGCAGGAAGGGUACCACAUGAGGGAGGAGGAUUUCUUCCCUGUAACGCACAGUGUUGAGAUUGCCUGCAAUGACAACAAGUUCAGUCCGAUGAUGCUGUUACACACCGCCCCAGAACAUGACGAACCCUCCACCUCCAAAUCGAUCCCGCUCCAGAGUACAGGCCUCGGUGUAACGCUCAAUCCUUCGACGAUAAACACGAAUCCGACCAUCCCCCAUGAUGAGACAAAACAGCGACUCGUCAGUGAAGAGCACUUUUUGCCAGUCCUGUCUGGUCCAGCGACGGUGGGCUUGUGCCCAUAGGCGACGUUGUUGCCGGUGAUGUCUGGUGAGGACCUGCCUUACAACAGGCCUACAAGCUCUCAGUCCAGCCUCUCUCAGCCUAUUGCGGACAGUAUGAGCACUGAUGGAGGGAUUGUGCGUUCCUGGUGUAACUCGGGCAGUUGUUGUUGCCAUCCUGUACCUGUCCCGCAGGUGUGAUGUUCGGAUGUACCGAUCCUGUGCAGGUGUUAAGGCACGUUCACACAGAUGAGCAUCUUUCUUUUGCUGUUUUUCAGAGUCAGUAAAAAGGCCUCUUUAGUGUCCUAAGUCUUCAUAACUGUGACCUUAAUUGCCUACCGUCUGUAAGCUGUUAGUGUCUUAACGACCGUUCCACAGGUGCAUGUUCAUUAACUUUACAAUGAAGAUCUGUGAAGUUAUUUAGAUUUUUACAAACUAUCUUUGAAAGACAGGGCCCUGAAAAGGGGACGUUUCUUUUUUUGCUGAGUUUAAUAUCUGGACACUACAAACGUAAAUACAGACUUUAGUGGUUGUUGUAACGCUAGAAUAUAAUUUACACUUAUGGCAAUCGAAGUAAAAGUUAAUACAGCUGCCAUGUAACUUAACUGUGAGAUAUUCCUUCUGUUUAAACAUUAACGUAUUUUGAUGCAUAGUAUUUUUGUAUGUAGUUUGCUGUAUAUGCUAAAUAAAUUUCU